AUGGUGACCAUGGACAAUCUGCCGCCUCCGGGGUUUGAGAGUACGCUCGUGGACGAGCCACAGCCGCCGGGAGGAGCUUUGCUCAUGGGCGUCGUUCUUGCCGCCUUAGGCCUUCCUCGCGAGGUUGUCGUGAACUUCUCCACCUGCUGGAGCAGGGAAGAAGGAGGAGCGCCGGGGUGGUUGGUGCGGAUGGACCGCGACGGCGGUGAUGCACAGCCGGUGGCGCAGGAAGGUGGUGGUGGGGAGAGAUGGGGAGAAACGGGAGGUUAG